AUUUGACAGCGAGGGGAAGGAUAAAAGAAGUCUCUAAAAUUCAACUUAAAAAAGCCCAACUGAUUCCAACACUAAAUGAGCUAAAAAAUAAAGAGAAAAUGGCAAAUGGAUUGGGCGUGAUCAAACUGCGGCAUAGUCUGCCGCAUUUAGCUGGAGUUGCAGUUACUUUUGCUGCUCUGCCUCCGCCUCCGCUUUCAAGGAGAGUUGCUGCAUACAGAGCGCCUCGCAGGGCCGUUUUAGGCCUUGGAUUCUCGUUUUUGUCACAAUUCAUCAACAUGGCUGCUCCCACUCUUGGCGCCAAAUCCUUCAUCGCUUCUGCCAGGCAAACGGGUGCCGUUGAAAAGGUAUUGGAGAAUGUGGAAUGGCCAGAGCAAUUUCCCUUCAAGGAAGAGGACUUCCAGCGCUUUGAUGAGUCACCAGACACAUUGUUUUAUGAAUCUCCACGUUUUGUGACUCAUAUUGAUGAUCCAGCAAUUGCUGCCCUAACUAAAUAUUACUCAGAGGUCUUGCCCCCAAGCAAUACUCCUGGAGUUGCUAUACUUGACAUGUGUAGCAGCUGGGUCAGUCAUUAUCCUAAGGGAUAUAAGCAACCAAGGAUAGCUGGAAUGGGUUUAAAUGAAGAAGAGCUAAAGCGCAAUCCAGUUUUGACAGAGUAUGUCGUGCAAGACUUAAAUGUUGAUCCUAAACUCCCAUUUGAAGAUAACACCUUCGACGCAAUUACAAAUGUGGUUAGUGUGGACUACCUAUCAAAGCCUAUCGAAAUUUUCAAGGAGAUGGCACGGAUCCUCAAGCCAGGUGGACUUGCUGUAAUGAGCUUCUCCAAUCGCUGCUUCUGGACAAAGGCAAUCUCAAUUUGGACAUCAACAGGAGAUACAGAUCAUGUAAUGAUAGUUGGAGCCUAUUUCCAUUAUGCUGGAGGGUUUGAGCCUCCUAAGGCUGUAGAUAUAUCUCCAAACCCUGGUCGCACCGAUCCUAUGUAUGUUGUGUACUCAAGAAAAUUAGCAGCCUGAGGUCCGGAUCACAAUUCAGUCCUCACAAUUACUGGUAAGACCGCGUUUGGAGUCGGAAAAGCAAAAGGCAACAUAAAGAGAAAAAGAAGGGCCUUUUUGUAUUGUAUAAUUAAUUACCUGGAUAGGAGAGAGAUGGGCGGCGAAGAAAUCAGCGGCGGAGAUAUAGUUGCGGGAGAGCUUGGGGCAGAUUUGGGACUCAGCCAAACAGGCCCUAAUGCCGCCCCAAUUAUCGUCGGAGGUGAUGUGGUCGCGGAGCCAGGAGGAGAAGCCGGCGAGGCGGUACUCGCGGAAGGCCAUGCCGGGGACGGGGUAGGCGCCGCCGUGGUGCGUGACGACGAAGGCGAGGACGAGGAGGACGAGGAGGAGCACGAUGAGCAUGAACAUGCAGACGAGGUAGAGGCCGAGGAGGCCCUCCUUCUUCCAGUAGGCGCCCACGAAGCCGGUGAGGGCCACCAACAGGAAAGCUAUGCCGAGGAAGACCAGGGGCCACCGGAGCCACCGGAUGCACUCGUUGUCGGGCUUCGAGGCCAGCCAUAUGCCGGCCGAGAUGAUGGGGAUCGAGCACAUCAGCGCGAUGAAGUUCAGCAGCGCCGUUAUGUUAUUGCUCAUCGCCAUUGAUUAUGAUUUACUAUGAGAGAGAGAGAGAGAGAAAUGGAGGAAAAGUGUUGGUUAGUUAGUCAAAGCUUAAGUAGAAAACUGAGGAGAAUUUUCGAGUAUAUAUUUAGAUCUAAUGAUGACGUGGCAGCUAUCACACGUGUCAGUCAUUCAUGGAUCAAGUUUUCAAGUUAUAAAUCUAUACUCCUGACUCGACAGAGUACUGUUUUAGAAAUUUAAACAGUAGAAAUUUAUACUA